AUGGCUGAGCGUGCCCCGGCCCCCCUCCCCCUCAUCUGCCUCCGCGUCUCUCUUAAAGCGCCAGGUGCUCCCCCCGAGCCGCCCCAGCCAGCACAGCGGCCCCUCAAGGCCAAGGGCCCCUCCAAGAAGGCCAGGCUGAUCGUCCGCAACCUCAGCUUCAAGUGCACCGAAGAUGACCUGAAGAGUGCAUUUGCUCCCUUUGGCACCGUCCUGGAAGCCACCCUCCCCAGAAAACCAGAUGGAAAGCUGCGUGGCUUCGCCUUUGUGCAGUUCAGGAACGUCCUGGAAGCGGGGAAGGCCCUGAAGGGGAUGAACAUGAAGGAGAUCAAGGAGCGUCCGGUGGCUGUAGAUUGGGCUGUAGCCCGGGAGAAGUACCAGGCCGCGCAGGCAGAAGGCGUUCCUGCUGAGAAGAAAGUCAGGAAGGCCCAGCAGAAAGGUGCAGGUGGGGGUGAAGAAAAAGGAGGAAGACCGGAGUCUCCGGGGCCAGGAAGGCCUGGCAGGGACCCUGAGCAUCAGAUUCCAGCUGUGGAUGGCGAGGACGAGGAGCAGGAAGCUGGCGAGGAUGAGGAGCAGGAGGUUGGUGAGGACGAGGAGCAGGAAGUUGGCUCGACGGUGCAGGAGCAGGACCCAGGCGAGGCUGGGAGUUCAGAGGAGGAAGAUGAUAGUGUUGAAGAAGAGGAAGGAGGAGGAGGAGGAGAUGAACCUGCCCCAAAGCAGAAGCAGCGCCCCUCUGAUGUGGCAGAGGGCCGGACUGUCUUCAUCAGGAACUUGUCUUUUGAUACUGAAGACGAAGAGUUGGGGGAGCUGCUGGAGCAGUUUGGAGACCUGAAAUACGUCCGGAUCGUGUUGCACCCUGACACGGAGCACUCCAAAGGCUGUGCUUUUGCCCAGUUUGCCACCCAGGGAGCUGCCCAGAAGUGUCUGCAGAUGGCACAGGAUGAGAGUGAGGGUCGGGGGCUCCAUCUGGGUGGCCGCCGUCUCCGAGUGGACCUGGCCGUCAGCCGCGAGGAAGCCCAGCAGCUGCGAAGCACAAAGGCCCGAAAGCCGACUGGCACCCGCAACCUCUACCUGGCCCGAGAAGGCUUGAUCCGGGCUGGCACGAAAGCCGCGGAGGGUGUGAGUGCUGCUGACAUGGCCAAAAGGGUCCGGGUGAGUGUCUCCCUGCGCCUGGGUGAGGGGGGUGACCAUCAGUUUGCCUGCCUGCUGCUGUUGAGGGUGCUUGUCCAGCCUUCCUGAAGUGCCCAGGAAGAAGCCUGGUGCUGGAUGGGGCUGGACACUCUGCCGGCUGGGUGUCUCUGAAAGCCCCCCAGCAGGAGCUGGCCUCACUAUGGAGGGCAGUGCAUCUCCAGCCCUGCAGAGAUGGCUCCCGCAGAAGGGGCUCUCAAAGGCGACCCUGGAGGAGGUCUUCCUUCGGACUGCUCGGAGCGUCCCAGGAUCCAGCUUCACUGAAGGACUGAGGAGUCGGAAGUGGGGGUAGGGGGGUCCGUAGCAGCCCUGUGAGGAGCAGUUUAGCUGCAGAAGAGAAGAGGGAAGGGGGAGAGCACAGCAGCCCCCAGAUAUCUGAAGGGGGGCGUGUGCAGAGGGAGCAGACUUCUUCUCUGUUCCCCAGAGGGCAGGAUCGCAGGGAGGGAAGUUCAGGCUGGUGGUCGUGAGGUUCUUCCUGACCGGUGGAAGUGGCUGCCCCACGAAGUGGGGAGUUGUUCGCUAGAGUCUUCAGAACAAGGCUGGAUGGUCUUCUGUCAGAAAGGCUCCAGCGGACCUUUGCUGGGCAGAGGGUUGGACUCGAUGAGCAAUGCAGUCUGGUGCUUUGAUAUCUAGAGGGUCGUCAUUGGGAGGGAGCGGGCUUGUUCUCUGCCAUCCCGAAGGCAGGACCAGAAUUGGUGGGUGGAAACUUAGGGCAGUUUCUGAUGGUGACAGCUGGAAUCGGGCGCCCUCUGUGGUAGCCCUUACAGCUCUGAUUCUGUCUCAGUCACUUCCUUUCAGGCCCCCUAAGGCCAAGCUCUCUGCAGGGGCUUAGACAAGGCAGGGCCCAAAUGUAGCCGGGAAGCUUGUGGGUAACAUCUGGCCGAAAGCCCGGCCAGCACUGGCUCCCUCGGGAGUGAUUUGUUUGGGCAGAGCCUGCUGUGCGAACGCAGCAGCUGUGUUUCGAUAACCAGACUUUAGCAUGUUGUGCGGACCCAGCUACUCUCACUGGAUUCACACAACACAGUUAACCUGGUUCCCAAAUUGGCCUUUUUGUAGGUUCACACAAUCUGGUGAAGUGUAAAUUAACUUCACUGGAUUGGUGAAGAAGCAGUUGUGAAACAUAGAGGCAUGUAUUGAGGCAGCUUCAGAGGGUGGACAGCAAAGGUCUCCCCAGAGACCCAGGGCGCGAUCAGUUGUUCUCUAAGUACUUUAUUAGAGCACGGCCUCCAAGCAGCCGCAUGUGUCCAUUCCCUUGCACACAGCGCACGGAAGAGAGCGGGCCCUUCUCCUCCAGGGCCCGAGUCGGCAAAGGGAGAUGCCAGCGAGCUCCUGCUGGGAGAAUCUCGGCUUUCCCAGCGCC